GGAGAGGAAGGAGGGGGGGGGGGGUCUGUCGAAGAAAUCAAGUCAAUAGAAACUGAAGUGGAAGCAGGCGUUUAGAGCUCCGUGGUGACGUCACUGCUCCACAUUGAGCCAGUAGUAGAGAGUCAGUGGAGAUAGAUAGAGGAGCGCCGUAGUAAAGUACACACCGACAUGAACUUCUCCCUCUAAAACUUCAACGUUGCUGCUCUAUACGUCGGGAGAAGACGAGUUUGUGUGUUUUUUUCGACAACUGGAACGUGCUCUUUAUUGGCUUUUUAAAGGGAGCUCGGAGGAAAGCAGGAGAAGAAGACAUAUUUUGGGUUUCUUUUCGGGGGGUUGACGACGAGCGCUAUGUCGUCCGCGGCGGUCGCUGCUUCUUCCAGGAGGCAGUCGUGUUAUUUAUGCGACUUGCCCCGCAUGCCGUGGGCCAUGAUCUGGGAUUUUACCGAGCCCGUCUGCAGGGGAUGUGUCAACUACGAAGGAGCAGACCGCAUUGAGUUUGUCAUCGAGACUGCCCGCCAGCUCAAGAGGGCUCACGGGUUUCAGGAGGGCAGGUCUCCCGGGCCAGGGAAGUCGCAGCUUUCCGGGAAAGAGAUCCAGUCUAUAAACCACGCUUCUGCCGGAGACCCCGGCUCCCGGCCGCCACAGCCACUGGACCGCUACCCGCUGUCCUCUGACCGCCCGCCCAGGCUGGGUCCAGAAUAUCAGUCUGGAAGGCAGGCAAACGGCAUUCCCGUCCCCAAUGGAUUUCCUAAGCCUGACGAGCCGCCGGAGCUGAACCGCCAGAGCCCCAACCCGCGCAGGAAUAGCGCGGUCCCCCCGAAUCUAGUGCCUUUGGCUAACGGGAACAUGCCCCCGGUGCACACCGUCAACGGUAGACCGGGCCAGAUGGGGCUUCCCUCCGCACUGGCGGGCGGUAGUCCCGCCGACAUGGGCAAGAGACCUGCCUCGGUUUCCAGCACCGAGCACGACAGAGAGGGCAAGGAGAAGCACAGACCGGACAGUCUCACGCCGGAGCUCUCCGAGAGCCACAAAAGCAGAGCAGACCCGGAGUGGAUAGGCAAGGGCAAAACGGUGAGGGACCUGAUGGCUCUGCACACCUUCGACAGCAGGUUCAAGAAGGACCAUGCGGCCAUGCAACAAAGGGUUAUGAGCUAUGAAGCCAGCGCCACUGUUUCCAAAUCAGACAGAGGAAAACACCCCCGGAGCAUGAAGAGAAAAGCCUCGCCUGAACCAGACGGAGAGGGAACAGCAGCCAAGCUCAAUGGAGAAGGACAGCAGUGGUUACCACCACCUACUGACGGACUGAAAAUGCCUCCAGUUCCCCCGCCAAGCUUUGCCUCUCCCCCCUCCACAAUAUCCCCCCACUCCCGCACCACCCCACCUGAGGCUGCCCAGAACGGCCAGUCCCCUAUGGCUGCUCUCAUCAUGGCGGCAGACAAUGCAGGUGGGAACAGCUCCCCCAAGGACGCCAACCAAGUCCACUCCACCACCCGGAGGAACAGCAGCAGUCCCCUCUCACCGUCCUCCAUGAAUCAGAGGAGGCUGGCACAAAGAGAUGCAUCCGGUGCAGGUACACCCCACGUGCCAGGCAUGGACCAAGUGCACCCCCAAAGCAUUCCGGACUCCUCGGUACCCGGCAGCAUACCCCUGUGCUGCACGCUGUGCCACGAGCGUUUGGAGGACACACACUUUGUUCAGUGCCCGUCUGUGCCCUCUCACAAGUUCUGCUUCCCAUGCUCGAGGGAAAGCAUAAAGCAGCAAGGUGCCACGGGUGAAGUGUACUGUCCAAGUGGAGAGAAAUGUCCCCUUGUUGGCUCAAACGUACCAUGGGCUUUCAUGCAAGGAGAAAUCGCCACCAUCCUUGCAGGAGACGUCAAAGUAAAAAAGGAGAGGGACCCUUGAUUUUGUUUGAACACUUCUUUGGGGAAGGGGAAGCAAAAAUAUGAGUAUAAAUAUAUAAAUAUCACAUACAUACCAUUCAAACAAACUAACGGACUUGUACAUAUUGGACCCAAGGGAAGAGUAUACUUCGUAAACAUGGUUGUAUAAUUUUUGAUUUUUGAAUACAUUGUGUUUCUAUAUUUUUGAAGAUAAAGGUAUGUACUCAUUAUAAUGGACUACGUUCCUCUUUGUUGAUGUUUAACAAAAUUCUUGAUGUACUUCUAGGUCUGGUGGCAGUUCCUGUUUAACGUAGAAUGUGACUAAUGCUACUCUACGAGCACUUGGCAAAACUGAAAUGCUUUUAGCUGUACUUGUAUGCACUUGUUUAAAAAUUGCCAAAUACAAUUUCUGAUCUUGUAUGAA